AGGACACCUCGCGGCGCUGCCCGGAGUGCGGCGGGCCUCCCGCGCCGAUGGAGCCCACCGUGCCCGACGUGCUGCUCGGGCCGUGGUUCACGCUGCUGGCGGUCGUCAUGCUGGCGGCAGCCAUCUUCGCGUCGCUCGCGCUGGUCUCGGUGGAGAUGAAGCCUGUCCGGCUGUACGAGGCGAUAUCCGCCGCCAUCAGUUCGGAGGAGGAGGAGGAGAAGACCAGGGAGCUGGCAGAGGCCGGCCAGGGCGCCUCCUCCGCGGACGCGGGGCACCCGAAGAAGAGGAGCAAGCCGAGGCGGCUGCGGCUGUCGAAGCUGAAGUACUUCUUCCUGGCGGACCGCCGCUCCGCGCCGGAGCCCGACGACCCGCACCUGCUGCCCGACAGCGCGUGGGUCGCCCCGGAUCCGCCGUGCGACGACCAGAAGGUCGAGGUGUUCGAGCUGCCAGACGAGCAGUGGGUGUCGCCGGUGGCAAGCCAGG